CAGGAUAUAAGUUCUUCUACAGCACCAAACAGCGAAACAGUGGAACUAGUUAUAGAUUUGUAAGGAAGUAACGUUAACAAUUUAUGACAACAAUAUGAAAAGAAUUUGGUCCGAUAACGAAAAAUUUCGAUGCUGGCUGCGGGAGGCGCAGCAAAAAAACAUACACAUUACAAAAACGGCAACUGAAGUCGAAGAACGAAUUAAAAAUCGUAAAAAAGAAUUAGAUUCUUCAAACAAAGAACUGAAUACGGUGAAACAGAAACUAGGACAAGAAAGGAAAAAAUUAUCAUCGUUUGGGAUUGUCAGAAAAAUGACCAAUCAAAAAGUAAAAGUAAAAACCCGACCACAUGAUCGAAAAUGAAGCAAAGUUAUCUGUGGUAUCACGUGACAUAAUUUUCUACGAUAUUCCAGCUCAGUAUGGAGAAUGAAGUAAUUUCGGCGAUAAAAAGUUUUGAUUUCCAACUUAAAUUAGCAUUAAAAAUAACGGAAAC